UCUCUUCGGCUAAACUCGGCCGCGGCCCCGGAAGGGCGCCAAUGGAGCCGGGCCUACCGGCUAGCCCAACGGCCAUGGCACCACUGCUGGAGUAUGAGCGGCAGCUAGUGCUGGAGCUGCUCGACACGGACGGGCUGGUCGUGUGCGCUCGCGGGCUCGGCGCGGACCGACUCCUCUACCACUUCCUCCGGCUGCACUGCCACCCGGCAUGCCUGGUGCUGGUGCUCAACACGCAGCCAGCCGAGGAGGAAUAUUUUAUCAAUCAGCUGAAGAUAGAAGGAGUUGAACACCUUCCGCGCCGUGUAACAAAUGAAAUCCCAAGUAACAGUCGCUAUGAGGUUUACACACAAGGCGGUGUGAUAUUUGCAACCAGUCGAAUACUUGUGGUUGAUUUCUUGACUGAUAGAAUUCCUUCAGAUUUAAUUACUGGCAUCUUGGUGUACAGAGCUCACAGAAUCAUCGAGUCCUGUCAAGAAGCAUUCAUCUUGCGCCUGUUCCGCCAGAAAAACAAAUGUGGCUUCAUUAAAGCUUUCACAGACAAUGCUGUUGCCUUUGACACUGGUUUUUGUCACGUGGAAAGAGUGAUGAGAAAUCUCUUCGUAAGGAAGUUGUAUCUGUGGCCCAGGUUCCAUGUAGCAGUAAACUCAUUUUUAGAACAGCACAAACCUGAAGUCGUAGAAAUUCAUGUCUCUAUGACACCAGCCAUGCUUGCUAUACAGACUGCCAUACUGGACAUCUUAAAUGCAUGUUUGAAGGAACUGAAGUGCCAUAACCCGUCACUUGAAGUUGAAGAUUUAUCUUUAGAAAAUGCUAUUGGAAAACCCUUUGACAAGACAAUCCGCCAUUAUCUGGAUCCUUUGUGGCACCAGCUUGGAGCCAAGACUAAAUCCUUGGUUCAGGAUUUGAAGAUACUACGAACUUUGCUGCAGUAUCUUUCUCAGUAUGAUUGUAUCACAUUUCUUAAACUUCUGGAAUCUCUGAGAGCAACAGAAAAGGCUUUUGGUCAGAAUUCAGGUUGGCUAUUUCUGGACUCCAGCACCUCGAUGUUUCUAAAUGCUCGAGCAAGGGUUUAUCAUGUUCCAGAUGCCAAAAUGAGCAGGAAAGAAAAAAUGUCUGAAAAAAUGGAGUUUAAAGAGGGGCAGGAAACAAAAAAGGAACUCGUCCUAGAAAGCAACCCAAAGUGGGAAGCGCUAACUGAAGUACUGAAAGAAAUUGAGGCAGAAAACAAGGAGAGUGAAGCCCUUGGUGGUCCAGGUCAAGUACUUAUUUGUGCGAGUGAUGACCGCACAUGUUCCCAGCUGAGGGAGUAUGUCGCUGUUGGAGCCGAGGCCUUCCUGUUGAAACUGUACAGGAAGACCUUUGAGAAGGACAGCAGCACUGAGGAAGCGUGGGUGAAAUUUAGAAAGGAGGACAGUUCGAAGAGAGUUGUGAAAUCUAACAAACGACUCAAAGACCCCCAAAACAAAAGGGCUCCUGCCAAAGAAAGGCCUCUGAGAAAGAAAAAACGAAGGUUAACUUUAACUCAGAUGAUGGGAAAACCUGAAGAACUAGAGGAAGAAGGGAAUGUCAAGGAAGGAUAUCCUAGAAACCUAAGCAGCAGCCCAGAAAGCUCCUUGGAAGAAAUCAAGCAUGAAGAAUUUGAUUUAAACUUGUCAUCUGAUGCCGCUUAUGGAAUCCUGAAAGACCCCCUCACUAUAAUCCAUCCACUUCUGGGCUGUAGUGACCCCUAUGCUCUGACAAGGGUUCUCCAUGAAGUGGAGCCAAGAUAUGUGGUUCUGUAUGACGCAGAACUAACGUUCGUUCGUCAGCUUGAAAUUUACAGGGCAAGCAGGCCUGGGAAACCUCUGAGGGUUUACUUUCUCAUAUACGGAGGGUCCACUGAGGAACAACGCUAUCUCACUGCUUUGAGGAAAGAAAAGGAAGCUUUUGAAAAACUGAUCAGAGAAAAAGCCAGCAUGGUUGUCCCUGAAGGAAGAGAAGGCAGAGAUGAAACAAACCUAGACUUAGUGAGGGGCUCCUUGUCUGCAAGUGUUUCCACUGAUACUCGGAAGGCAGGUGGCCAGGAGCAGAACAGUAUGCAGCAAAGUAUAGUUGUGGAUAUGCGUGAGUUCCGAAGUGAACUCCCGUCCCUGAUCCAUCGUCGGGGCAUUGACAUUGACCCCGUCACCUUAGAGGUUGGAGAUUACAUUCUGACUCCAGAAAUGUGCGUGGAGCGCAAGAGUAUCAGCGAUUUGAUUGGCUCUUUAAAUAACGGCCGCCUGUACAGCCAGUGCAUCUCCAUGUCCCGCUACUAUAAGCGACCAGUGCUGCUGAUCGAGUUUGACCCCAGUAAGCCCUUCUCUCUCACUUCCCGGGGUGCCUUACACCAGGAGAUCUCCAGCAGCGACCUCAGUUCCAAACUCACCCUUCUCACGCUGCACUUCCCCAGACUGCGGAUUCUCUGGUGUGCCUCCCCCCACGCGACUGCGGAGCUGUUCGAGGAGCUGAAGCAAAAUAAGCCGCAGCCCGACGCCACGACGGCCAUGGCCGUCACAGCGGAUUCUGAAACACUCCCCGAGUCAGAAAAGUAUAAUCCUGGCCCCCAAGACUUCUUGUUAAAAAUGCCCGGGGUAAAUGCCAAGAACUGCCGCUCCCUGAUGAGCCACGUGAAGAGCAUCGCGGAGUUGGCGAGCCUGCCCCAGAACGAGCUCGCAGGUGUGCUGGGCAAUGCUGCAAACGCCAAGCAGCUGUAUGACUUCAUGCACACCUCUUACGCGGAGGUGGUUUCUAAAGGAAAAGUGAAAACAUGAACAAACGUGGCCGUUUUCUUAUCCCAGUUUUCAGCACCUCUUUGCCAGCAUUAAGAGAUCAUUAAUCAGCUCCAUUUUCUUCCAGCACUUUUUAAUAAUCGUGUGGUCUGUUUCCUAGGUCAGUGGACCAGAAGCCAGUUCCUCUCUGCACUUUGCAUUUUGGCAUCAUUUUACCUUUCCGUGCCUGCUCCCCUCCCUCAUGCGCUGUCCAUGCCAGGUUCAGUAGGUUGGGUUUUUAAAUGAGGUGUGUCAGGAUCCGGUAAAGUGUCUACAAGUGUUCAUAGAAGGCCAUUGUUGAAACAAGCAGAAAUUUGCAUUUCCUAUACAAACUGAUAACACACCAUUGUGUCCUAGCCCACUGUUGACAGAGGGCCCCUGCACACUGGGAAGGAGCCUCUCUGCCAUUCCUGACCACUUCUCCCCGCCACAUUGUCUCACCCGCACACCUCUUCCACCUGUCUCCCUCUAAAAUUCAUGGGGACUUCUGCUAAUUUAAGGCAGCCACCUCUGAAACCAGCUGAUGAAUUUUCUAAUCCCCUGAAUAUAUGUAGCAUGAACUUACCUCAAUUGUGCAAAACCAGUACCUUUAAAACAAAAUGAAUUACCUAUUUACAGAAUUUGAUGGUAUAGAUGAAGGAGCCCGUAGACUUCUUAGUUUUUGCAGAUAUUUAACUUAAAUCCCACAGAUAUCUAGUCCCAAAUGACUAGGUACAGCGUCUCUUAAGACUUCCUCUUUUCCAGCCUCUCUUCAAGUAUCCUAAAACCACCAGCACCAUAUUCUCUCAAAAGGCAGCAUAAACUCAUCCUAUGUGAUUCUCCACUUUCCUUGUUCCUGGGCAGGGUGCCUAUUUCCAUCCCUGUGUUUCAACUAAAAUUCAAGUGAAUGAAUGGCCCACAAAGUUUUUAAGACUUGGUUUACCUUCCUUGACUUGAGAUACAAGAGUUGUAAGUAAAUGAAAGAUGAAUGCACCAAAUAUAUAAGAAUUCUUAGAAAAUAUAUGUUUAAAAAUCCAUAAAGAAACCAAUCUCAUUGUAAACCUCCUCCUGAUUGAUUUAGUUUAGCUUUUUACUGAAGUGUACAAACAAGACAUUCAUAGCAUCUUUGUGUAGUUUUUAAAAUUUUAUAUUUAAACAUUAUUAACUUAAGUAUUAUUCACAUGGUAACAAGUAAAUUUUCUACCUGAAAAGGUGAUGUAGAUGUAGACAUCAGUUCUGCGAGCCACAUCACAUACUUUUAACAUGUCACCCAUCAAUGUCAGCCCCGUGUGUUUUUGUCACACUAAACUCAGAAUAGACAGUGGGCCAUGAAAUAUGAAAUAGUGUCCACCUUGCACAAAAGCACUUCCAACUGUCCUCUGCUCACUGAACCUCUCAUCUUGACUUCUGGUUUCUUGGUAUGUUACCAUAUGUUAAUACUCUUAGUAUGUGUGGAUUUUGAAUUCUAUACAGGGUACUGAAGAACACAUUGAGCAGAACCGUAUUGUUAUCAUAGAACUCUGUACAAUGACUUGAGGCAUAAAGAAGAAGACACGAACACAAAUUAAAGUAGAAUAAAGAUUUGGCUACUAAUUUUGUCCCAGGGUCAAAAAGAUAGCCUUGAGAAUAGAAAACAGAAAUGUCUGAUACAUGUGUUAGCUUUCACUUGCAUAUGUAUUUCUUUGUUUAAGGUUCCUUCAUAGUUAAAAGUGCAUUAAAAUAGACAUACCGCCUCAAAUAGUAAUGUUGUUAUAAUUUUUCUUCACCCUGUUCUAGCACUUCUGCUUGUGGUGUGUAAUUUCUAUGUUUUCUUCUUGUGUAAUUGAACCUGAUUUUUAUUGUUCUUCCGUUACAUAAAAAUUACAUCUUGUCGUUUUCAUUACAUACUCUUCUUUCCUAAUAUAGCACAUUCUUUGAUAAGGGUUUUACUUCCAAGUGAAGUUUUCAAAAAUAAGCUCUUCUUAAAGCUACCAUUUUAAACAGUCCUUGUUAUCUAGCACAAUAUAGAUAAUUGUCUUAAUUGUGCUUGGACAGCCCCAGUAUCUUCUGGCUCUGAAUUCUGUUAUUUGCUGUUAUACUUACUGGACAUCUGAAGACAGGUGCACUGUCUGAUGUGUAUUUGAAUUGUGAACGAUUGUUUCUAAUGAACUCUAAAAAGUGAUCCCUUGAUAGAUGAAAGGGUCUCACUGCCACUUCCUCUUCCAACUAAAUAAAUAUAUUUUUAUGUGUCUUCACAUUAAAGGCUCCAUUCAAUACAACCAUCACCUAUUUAGUUUUACCAAAUUCUUUUACAGGUUUUUACAAUCUAACAGUCUUUGGCAAAGGAACUAGAAAUGCACACAAUUAAUUAAUUAAUCAAUUAAUUAAUGCAACAUUAACCUUUCACUAUAUUUCCUAGCAUUUUGUUAACUUUGCCUUCAGCAUGCAAUUUCCCAGACAGACUGAAAAUUAUUGUCCCAUUCAUCGACCCACUGGGACACAAAGGGUUAAGUCCAGAUUUGGGUGUGUUGAGAUAACAGAGUGUAGAGUUUUAAAAUGGCCUUUAGCAGGAAAUCUACACAAGCAAAUCUGAAGAAGAGGGUUGGUGGAGAGAGACAAACAUUAAUCUUUGCUUUUGUUUUUCCAGGAUAAUUCUAUUUUCUUUGGCUCUGAAAACUUCAUUAGGGAAAUUCCCUCCUCUUUUGUGUGCAGUUUAGCCUAGAAAUGUCCUCUUAAACAUCAACAUUUUAGGAAAAUUCUUUUCUCAGGCUUGAAUAUGUUAAAAUGUGUCCAGACUUACCCAUGCAUUGUCAUUUGUCUUCAUUAUUUUGCUUUCUAUUUUGGUGUAUAUAGCUAUUUCCUGUCCAAUCCUGGACCUCAGUACUUACUUUACCAUCUUUAUCCACAGGUUUUUGGUGGCCUACACCACUGUUGGUUUUUGAUUUUAGGGUAUGUAAGCCAAAAUACAGAUGGGAGGGAGAGGUAAUUGAUUUAUAUCAAUUUGUAACAGUUUUUUGUGUGUGUUUUUAAUACAAUGUCUAUUUAUUCAGUAUUAUCCCCAGCAGUCUGUGGACAAAGUAAAAAAACAAUGUGUAGUGAAAGGGCAUAUAUUCCCAAGGCAUUAUAUUUACCAGUAUGCUGGUAAAUAUCAUUUAGAAUUCAGAGAAUAUUUAAUUUGCUUUCUGUUGUGCAGAAUAAAUGACUAAAGCUGAA